UAAAAAAAAUGCUCACGAAACCAGUGCAGAUUUGUGGAAUGUCGUUUGCGGUAAACUAACAAAAAAAGAUGAUAAUGAUGCUAUCUGAGACAGACUGGAUGAAAAAGCCUUGGCAAAUACAAUAUUAAAUGUAAAUCCGUCACAGAUAAACUAUAUAAAAAAAUGCCCUACAUCGAGUUCAGCAUGACAGAAGUUACGCGAAGUACAUAUGCCAAGUGGUCCAGUUCGAAAGGUUGCUUUGUAUAAGCAAUUGCUGGCCCUUAGUAUGUCUGAUGGUGACAGUGUGACGGAGUUUAUCAAUUCGUUUGUCGAUGUUAUUGAUAAACUGGCCCAAGUGGACAUUACGCUUAACGAAGAACUCAAGGUCACCAUGCUUUUUUCUAGCUUGCCUGUAAAAUAUGAAAAUUUCGUAGUCGCCAUAGAAACACGCGAUUCGUUACGUACGUUUGACGUCAUAAAGGUUAAACUUCUAGAAGAAGGAGCGCGAAGAGAACAAAGAGAUGAAAGUGAGUCACAACAGCAAGCGCUCUAUGUGCAGAAUAAGCAACAAAGUAAAAACAAAGAAAAGGCGGAUGAAAUAAAAAAUGAAACGAAGUUUAGCGGCAAAUGUUUUCGCUGUGGCAAAUGCGGCCACAUAGCAACAAAAUGCAGAUCAAAACAAUAGAGCAAUAAGCAGUUUGACAACAAUAAGCAAAAACUUUCUUUUUCUGUGUUCGCAGCAAGUAAUGAUAUCGUUAUAAACAGAAAUACAUGGUAUGUAGAUAGUGGCGCAACUUUUCAUAUGUGUUAUGAAAAGAGUAUGUUCGUGUCGUUUGUUGAACACGAUCAAAAGGUGAUGUUGUAAACUCACCCGAUAAAGGCGCGGUAAAAAUAAAGACAAGUGAAUGUGUUUGAGAUUUGGCACAGCAACCAGUCGAUAUGGCAUCACCCAUUUAAUAGUUUUUGACAGUGGCAUUUUUAACAUCUGACAAGCAAUAAUUUGGCUUCAUUUUUGCUUUUUCUUUCUCCUUCUUCGUACUUGGAUACUGGCAGAGUGUGCACGCUUUCUUUGGCUUCGCGAAAUAUAAGUAAUUUAUAAGUUAUUCUAGUCUAAUUUUCGUAAAUUAAAUAA